AUGGAUAUAAUAAUUCAUGAAACUUUAAAGUCGCAGACUCUACAAAUUGGAAUCGAAGAUCUACCUGAUGAAGUUCUUGAAUUCAUCUUGGGGUUUUUACCACCUUACAAAGAUUUACAAAAUUGUAUGACUGUCUGCAAGCGAUGGUGUCAUUGUGCUCACAAUGUUUCUAGAAAAACAACAAUGAAAUUAAUAAAGGCCAUAGGAGAGUUUGACAUUGUAUGGAAAAUUUUUGUUUCAACUGAAAUUGUUCCUAGCAUCACCAAAAGAUUCUCACACGCCGCUUGUAUAUUAGAAAAUAGUAUGUAUAUAUUUGGAGGUUGUACUACUAAUGCUACUUCAUUCAAUGAUUUAUGGAGAUUUGAUUUAUCGCAAAGACAGUGGAUACGACCUUUAGCAACUGGCACAUACCCUGUACCAAAAGCUUAUACUACAAUGGUAUAUUAUAAGGAUUGGUUAAUCGUUUUUGGGGGUUGGACCUAUCCUUCCUUAUCGCAAUACUAUCAAAAUGUUACUAUGUUUAAUGAUGUCCAUUUCUACUGUGUUGAUACUAAUAAAUGGAUACUUAUAAGUGCUACAAAUGCCCCUCCUCCAAUGGCAGGACAUUCAGCAUGCAUUAGAGGUGAUGAAAUGGUAGUUUUUGGCGGUUUAAUAAUGUCAGCUGUACAAAAUUUUCAAAUUCAAUGUUCUAAUGAUGUAUGGGUAUUUAAUAUAACAACACUUACAUGGAGGAAACAGGCAACUACUAAGCCUAGGCCGUCUCCUCGAUAUGCACAGUCUAUGAUCAAAUUGGAUGAUGAUAGAUUGAUGUUGUUAGGAGGAGUUCAAACACUUCACAACAGAUUUGUUUAUAGUGACUGUUGGAUAUUAACUAUGAAAGGGCCAACUUGGACUUGGAAAGAAAUAGCUGUUAGGAAUAAAGAAUGGGCAUCUGCAAAUAUUUGGUGUAACCCUGCCUGUAAAGUCGGAGAUAAAGUAGUAAGUUUAAGUAGAAGUAGAAUAGGGUGGAAUACAGCUAAGCCAAUGGUCACUUCUGCUGUGAGACUAGUAAAUUUUAACAGACCUGAAGGUGCACCAGUUGCUGUCCGUGUUGAACAGAGUAUGCAAAGGCCCUUAGACAAAGAUCAUAAUAUUAAUGGCCGACGAGGUGUGCUGCCAAGACAGCCAAUAAACAGAGCAAACCAUACAGAACCGGUACCCGGUCCUAGUAACAAUCAUAAUAUAAAUGAUCAAAAGUCUAAUAAUAAUAUUCAAAUUGCAAGUUCUAGUCAAGAACCUGGUAGUAUUGGAUUAAUGAAAAAUGAUGCAACUUUAAGAAAAAUUAAAGAAAAGAACAAAGGAUUGAAAAUUGUCCGUCAAUUACAAGAGGCUAAUAAAUAUAGAAUGGCUGCAUUUGCGUGUGAUUCUACUCAAAAUAAUACACCACCAGAAAACAAUUUCAUUAAUCAAAGACAAAUUGCUCAUUUAGAAAAUAGGUUAGAAGCAAGAAACUUGCAAGGUCAGAAUGACCAAAAAGAACCAACUAUAAAGAAGAUAAAAAGAAAUACAUUGACUAUGCAUGUAUUAGAUAUUUCUACUGUGGUUAAUGGAAAUUCAAUGAAUUAUGUAUCUUGGUUGUGCCCACGAUUAGGUGAAAUGAGUGGUGCACCUGAGGAGCUAGUUAUGUAUUCUUUAGUUAAGGGCAACGGAGAAUUGAUUAUGUUUGGUGGUGUUCAUAAUGACAUAAAUAAAGCAAAUAAUACCGAACAGUUAAAUCUGUAUUCAAAUUCUCUACAUUUUAUAACAACACCAAGGCAUGUAAUAUAG